UUUGAACACACCUGCAAGUAGUGUGAGAGCCAAAAGCCAUAGAGACGUUAUAAGCAUUUGGACCAUUUUUUCAAACUUUGAAAAUGAAAUCAAAUGAGAUAGAGACUGUGUAUGUGAGUGAGUGAGUGUGUCUCUCUGCACAAAGAAGAAUCUCAUUCUCAUCUCACAUUCCUUUUCCUAAAAAGCCACACGUCUUCAUCAUCACAAAACAACCCCCUUUCAAACAUCCUUAAACAGUUAAAACCAACAUCCUAUAUUUUUUCAAACUUGUCUCAACCCAUGUUAUUCUUUUUUUCCCGUUGAGUUCUAACAGACCCAUUUCACCUUUUCCAUUUCAAAAACUUUUCUUACCUCAAAGAUGGAAACUUUAUCUAAAAAUUCUCAAAAGAAAAAAGAUGGGUCUCGUUCUUCUUGUGUUACUGAUUCAAGUGUAGAGUCUAGAACUACAAGUUUCAGUGGAUCUAAUUCAACCUCGUCAAUUUCUACUUCAGAAGUUGAAGCUAAAUCAAAUGGUACUCCUCUUGGUUGGCCUAUUCUAAAAGCUACACUUUCCAGCUCAAAGCGUUCAUGUUCUUCUGAUGACAAAGAAAACAAACACAAAUCGAACAUGGAAGUGGAACACACAAAAUGUACAACUAUGGAUGUAAAAGUCUCAGAUGUUGAUAUGAUGAAGGAAAGGUUUGCAAAAUUGUUGCUUGGUGAAGAUAUGUCAGGUUCAGGAAAAGGGGUUUGCACUGCUUUGGCAAUCUCUAAUGCCAUUACUAAUCUUUGUGCUACUGCAUUUGGGCAACUUUGGAGACUAGAACCACUACCUUGUGAGAAGAAAAAAAUGUGGCAAAGAGAGAUGGAAUGGCUUGUUAGUGUUAGUGAUCACAUUGUUGAAUUAAUACCUUCUUGGCAAACAUUUCCUGAUGGAAAGAAACUUGAGGUAAUGACUUGCAGGCCCAGGACAGAUAUUUGCAUCAAUCUUCCAGCCCUUCGCAAACUCGAUAACAUGCUACUUGAAAUAUUAGACAGUUUCACAGCUACAGAAUUUUGGUAUGUUGAUCAAGGAAUUGUAGCCGCUGAUUCAGAAGGUUCGGCCUCUUUUCGCAAGUCAAUUCAGCGGCAAGAAGAGAAGUGGUGGCUCCCUGUUCCCCGUGUACCCGAAGCAGGUCUUGGUGAGAAGUCAAGAAAGAAGUUGAAUCACUCUAGAGAAAGUGCAAGUCAAAUUCUCAAAGCAGCUAUGUCUAUCAACAGCAUUGCUUUGGCUGAAAUGGAAGUUCCUGAGUCAUAUUUGGAAACCCUCCCUAAGAAUGGAAGAACUUGCCUCGGAGAUUUUAUUUACCGAUACAUCACAUCAGAUCAAUUCUCCUCAGAGUGCCUACUUGAUUGUUUAGACCUCUCUUCUGAACAUAUUGCACUCGAGAUUGCGAACCGCGUGGAAGCUGCUAUUUAUCUAUGGCGUCGAAGAUCUAACCACAGAUCAACGCCUAAUCCCAACCGUUCAACUACAAAGUCUUCAUGGGGGAUGGUUAAGGACUUCAUGCUUGAUGGGGAUAAGAGAGAAUUGCUAGCACAUAGAGCUGAAAACAUUCUAAGUUCCUUGAAGCAUCGGUUCCCUGGCUUAACUCAAACUACCUUGGAUACCAGCAAGAUCCAAUGCAACAAGGAUGUUGGAAAAUCUAUUCUAGAAAGCUACUCUAGAGUUUUGGAGAGCAUGGCUUAUAACAUUAUAUCACGCAUCGAUGAUUUGUUAUACGUCGAUGAGUUGACAAAACAUUCAGAUAGAUUUGCAUUGGUUCCUACAACGGGUAAUAUGGUUUCUCAGCAGAUUUUGCGUCCAUUUUCAGUGUCUGUCUCAGGCACUCCACACAAAGCAGCAUUCGGCACACCUAAGUUUUCGCCUUCUGUGCCAUUGAUUAGUCCUGUAAGAGGGGAGAGAACUCCUUUCCUCCACAACAAUAACAAUAACAAUGUCAACAACGUCAACAACAUCAAACCUCAGCGUCGCGGCUUUGGUGUGAGAAGAGCUUUGUCAAAUUAUCUUGGUGUUGAGACUAAAACAAAGACAUGUGCCAAUACAACUGAGGUCAAUGGUUCAAACCCAAGUAGCAAGAAAACAGAACAACCUCAAAAGGAAACAUGUGCUGUGAAAUUCGGUUGAGCAUAAAGUCUUGUAAACAUUUAUCAAUUUUUAUUCCCCUUUCAUUUGUAUCCAUUCACCAAUAUUUUAUUUGGUAGUAGUUGAGAAUUCAAAUUCAUAGUUAUUAUAUUACUUAAAUCUGAAGUAGUAGUUGGUAUUUAUAUAUUUGAA